ACAGUGUAUAACCGCGUUCUUCGCAAGCCACACACGUUUUCUGUCAACAUGGAGCAGUUUGUUACUAAUGUGAAAUGUCUGGUGGAGAAUCUACAGCACAGAGAGCAGGCAGAUUACGAGGGCGUUAUAGACAAGCUGUUUAAUGAAGUCUCUGUACUCGACCAGCUCCCCAAACCUCUGGAUUCACAGCUUGAGGAGUGUGCCAUCCAGCUGUGGAACUGGGCAGUUACAAAGCGUGUUGGCACGGCAAUUAAUGAAACCCAGAAAGCGAAAGUUCGCCAUGUUGCCUGCAGUUUGCUGUACUGCAGUGCGCCUGAUGAUCCACCAGAGAGCAUCGUCCGCAAGCACAUCUUGAUGGCUAGCAAGACAGGCAGAACAUGGCUGGAUUGUAAAGAUCCCCACUUGGCAAAUCCAUUCUUGGCAUUAGCUGUCAAGAGCCUCGAAAUCCUCUAUAGCCAACUGGGGUCUCGGGGUGAUGGAGACAUUGACCUUAAUGUCGCUAAAGGGGAAGUGGAGAAGGAUCUGCUCCGAGUCCUCUCUUACCAGGCAGAGUCGGCCGUAUGUCUGGGGAGUCACCAGGAGGCUGUGGUCUAUAUGCAGCGCUGUAAAGACAUGCUGGCCCGGCUCCCCAGGGAGACCGGCUACCUCUCGCUCAUGUGCUAUAACUUUGGAGUAGAUUCGUACAAUCUGAAAAUGUUCGAGGAGAGUUCCUUUUGGUUAAGCCAAAGCUACGACAUCGGGAAGACGAAUAGAAAAUACUGUCCUGGACCCGAAGUCCAAGCCAGAGUAUUAAGACUCCUGGCAACGGUUUAUUUGGAGUGGGAUUGUCAGCAGUUUCAAGAGAAAGCCCUCAAUGCUGUGAGCCUGGCCAACAAGGUAUGCAUGAGCACCUCUGGACUCAACCUGAAGAUCAGGAUCCUCCUGCGUUCGGGGGCCUUGGAUAAGGCUGUCACAGCAGGGGUGAAUGAGCUGCUGGAGACUGAUGCUCCUCUGGAAGUCAGUCUCAGCACAGUAAAACUUCUCAUGUCGGCGGACCGAGAGACUUUGGCAUUUGACUAUCUGAAAUGCGUGUGUCAGCACUUCGAGGCCUCUCCCGAGCUGAGUGCUGCUUCGGUCCUGCACAUUGAACUGCUGUUACAGAGAGGCAAAGAGCUGCUGGGCAAACAGAAAAUAGAGGACAUCAUCACCGGUCAUUACACAGGAAAACCACUGACUCCCCAGUCUCUUGUUAGCCUACACUUGCUGCUGUGGGACAAGGCCUCCAAACACUAUGAGGCAAAGAACUAUAUGGAAGCUCUGCAGUGGUACAACUACUCGCUGAGUUUCUACAAGGCAGGUCAGAUGGAGCCCAACCUGGCCAAGCUGCAGAGAAACCGAGCCUCCUGCCAUCUCCUGCUGAAGCAGCUGGAAAAGGCAAAAGAGGCAAUCAGGGAGGCAGAGAGAUGCGACCCUGACAGCAUCUUCACUCAGUUCAGUGUUUACAAAAUUGCCAUCCAGGAGAAAAAUAUCGAGAAAGCUGCGGAAGCAUUGACAGCCAUGGGACGUCUAGCCAAAAGCCCUGUGAGCAACGAGGACAGGCUGCUGGUGUGUGAGAACGCUGCCUCCAGUCUUCUCAGUCUGGCCUCACAGAUAGCUCUGGAGAACGAGGAGCAGGACACAGCCAUGAAAGCGUUGGAAAUUCUGUGUGAGAACUCCAGCGACGACGCUCACGUUCUGACUGCUCUCAGGUGUUUGCUUCGACUUGUGCUCUCCACAAUGGAAGUGGCAAGCGAUGAAGAGAGAAAUGUACGCCUGGGGGUCCUACUAUCCUAUUUACAAAUGGCCCUUCAGAAAGUUUCCCAGUGCAACACUGGGCCUGAAGCUGCUGAACAACGCAUCGAGGAUGCAAACUGGUUCAGGAAGAUCGCUUGGAACUCUGCCCUUCAAUGCGAAGACAGCCCUGGCCGGAUGAAGGAUUUCUUUCUGCUGUCCUACCAGCUGUCCCAGCUGUGCCCCUCCAGCAGAGCCCUCCUCAUGGGCCAGAGGACGUGUCUCCUGAUGGCUGCCGCGGCUUCUCUGGAGCUCUGCAGGAAGUCACCUCACUCUGUCCAGACUGAGGAGCUGAUAAAUGCCUUGGAGAAUAUUCAGAUCUGCACUGAGGUCUGGAAGACUCUGAGAGCUUCAGGAAACUUCCCCAACGACCAGACAGACACGCUACUGCUGUUGUAUGAGUUUGAGGCCCGGGCCAAGUUGAACGACCCGAAGGUUGAAACCAUACUGGAAUCCAUCCUAGAGCUAGAUGAUGUGGACACCAAAGUACUAGAGACUAUUGCAGCGUUGUCCAUGGAGCCCCCAGCCCACUACCCCUCGCUGUGUAAGAAGGCGUUGAGGAUCGCUCUUUCUCUGCACAAGAAACGGUCCGACGGUGACAUGGCCCGCUGCAGACAGUGUGUCCACAGCCUGAUCCAGCUGUCCCUCCCCAGCGGCGUGUUGGAGGUGGAGGAGCGUGUGCUGGAGGAAGUGUGGCUCUACUACGAGGAGGCUCUGUCAAUCAUCGCAGCUGCACCAGAGGACUUCCCAGAGAUGGAGAGCCUGUGGCUGCUGACCCGUGCCUGGAACACAGGGAUCCUGCUGUACAGCUUGGCCCAGUACCCGGAGGCAGAGAAGUGGUGUGGCCUGGGCAUCAGCUUCAUCCGCCACCUGGGCUCCCUGCAGGAGAGCUACCAGACCCAGAUGUCGCCCCUCUACAGCGAGGUACUGGACAGGUUGGACCGAGCCAAGAAGAACCUCGACAUGGAAGAAUGACCAGGCUGGGAGGAGGACCUCUUCACCUUGGAUGAGUGUUUUACACUUUUUCUCAAGGUGACCUCUGCCCUGUGACUCGCUCCCAAGCCAAGUUAUUGUUGGACGUUCACUUUUAUUAUAUCCAAAACGGUUCCUCCCAGAUAUUCCACUUUCAUGUAUGGGAACUUUUAAAUAAAACAUUCAGUUGGUAAGUAAAAAAA